AUGCCUGCUGAGCGCAACAACCGCAUUAGAAACAACAAUGCGACUUCUAGUCUGGAUCCGCAUCGUCGCCCUCUGGCUCCUAGGUGCAACAAUUCUCCAACAGCUGAACCCCAAAGAGCGCCAACCCCUUACCCUUCCCACCUCCAAACUCUAGAAGAAUGUUUAACAGCCAGAGUAAUAGAGAUGCUAGUUCCUAGGCAUCCCAUUCUGAGCUUCCCUUCUCAACAGGAAUCCGAUGACUCUUCCUUAGAAUUCCUAGAUGAAGGGGGUUUCUGUUACCUGUUCCCUCCCUUUCUGCCAAACGUCGCUCGUCGACCAUUCCUUAUCCCAGGACCCCCUGACUCAUCCAACAAUGACGCCAUAGUCUUGCAUCAAUUCCUUGGACCCCUGGAAGUUCCUCAGGGUUUGGAUGCAACCACUGGAUCUUACCACGUUGCUCCUGCACAGGUUUUUCCAUCCUCGUCGCCUAUGAAUACCUUGUCUUCUCCCAAUCCUGAUAGUCCCCUUGCUGCAUCCACUGACUCACCCAGCAUACCGCCUCUUGCCUCCAAUGUCUCUGACAAUGGUAGUCUUGACCACGCUCCCAACUUAAGGCUACUUGCUGACGUCAGUGAAUAUGUUACUUGUCAAGGUAUCGUCCUGAUACUUGACUCUCUCUCUAACCCUAACCCCUAA